CUCGCCGUGCUGGGUGCGCCGCGGGCCGCUGCGCGACUAGCCGGUUCCCCAGCGCCUGGGAGGCGACCCCCGUGCGCCCCGGGUUCAAAGGCCCCCGCGCUGCAACUCCAGCCCCUCCGGGGGGCGGGGAGGCGAAAGGGGUGGUGCGGGAGCCAGAAAAGCCCUAACCCACAGCCGGCAGCCCUGAGCCGGGAUGGGCAGCGCGCUCUGAAGUUUGUGACGGUCGCAGCCGACUCCUGGCCGCAGCCCGGGACGCGGCGAGCCAACGGCCGACCUCGAAGCAUCUGCAGUUGGAGGGUGAGGCCCGCUGUGCCCGGCCCGAGCGCCCUUUGGCGGCCACAGGCGCCCGUCCUCCGGCGCGGUGCGCCCGCGCCCGAUCGGGGUUCAUGGAGCUGGGGCUGUGCUUCCUUUUCGGGCUCGCUGUGACCUCCGCCGCAGGAUGGGUGCCUCACCCCCAGUCUGGGGAUGCUGGCAGGAGCAGCAUGCCCCGGGCCCUCUCUGCAGCCACAUCGGAGGGGGACACCAAGGAGACUGUGGCCACCAUGGCAGCCCGGGGUCCAAGCCCCAGAAGCCCUUGGCGGGAGCAGGGACCAAGUCAGUUUGGGAAGCAGGGGGCCGAGGGGGUUCCUGUGCACCACCGAGCCCGGCGCUGUACAUGUUUUACCUACAAGGAUAAAGAGUGCGUCUACUACUGCCACCUGGACAUCAUCUGGAUCAACACUCCUGAACGGACUGUGCCCUAUGGACUGUCCAGCUACAGAGGCAGCGGAAACAGGGGCAGGAGGUCGGCUGGGCAGUUCCCACAGAGCCCACAGCCAGUGAAGGGAACGCUGCGCUGCGCCUGCACGGACAGCGAUGAUGAUGCCUGCUUGCAGUUCUGCACCUGGUCCCUGGCUGCCCGAAUUCAAGGUCGGCACAAACAUCUGACAAAGAAGUGGGAAAGCAGGCUGGUGGUGCCCUGGGGGGCGUGCGUCCGAGGAGGUGAAGUUGCUUUCUGAGUUGCUGCCCCUUGGGUGGCAUGGAGGACAUGUGGGGUGCAUUUGGUCUGUGCAGGCGGCUAGCGGGAACCCCACUGCAUGUGGGGGGGUUGCUUUGUCCCCUGGGAUCAGAGCAGCCAAAAGCUGUGGACAGCCUGCUCUCUGUUUUAGGAGCUGACUUCUGCAUUCCCUGUAGCUUUUGAGCAGUGAUGUCUAGCCCUGGAUUUCACCAGGUCUGGAUAAAGCUCACCAACCACUGCUUCUUGGAGCCCCUGCAGGCUCAUCUGCUGGGGCCCACAUUAUGCUUCUGCUCCCAUAGCAAAAUGUGAUCUUUAGAAAAAGAAUCAUUUCUUCUUUUCAGCAGCUGAUUCUGGACAGAGAUGAAUUACAGCAGCUGGGUGCCAGGUCCUCCAAGUCCUCCAGUUCAUUUUAUAAAUUUUUUUUAACCCGUUUGUGGUUUUUGUAUGAUCCCAAGGGCUUCCAGCAGCCCAACUGGGUUUGUCAUUCUAUCAGUCAGAAAUUGUUAUUAAUGAGUUGUCUACACAUCUGCAAUGGGAAUGGUAAUUUAUGUUCGUAGCAGUGGCCUGGAGGGGGUUUGGGUUCCUACAUGGUCUGAUCAAGGGAGGGUUAAACCCUUCUGGAUAUAUACAAGGCAUUCCAAAUUGGUGGCAGAUUGCUUCGAGUCACCUGGAGAGGACUCUGUCAGCAUCCACAAUGAAAACACAGAGAAGCGGCAGAGGCAGACCCUGGAGAGGAUGAGUUAGGCCCCCACCAGACCCCACUUUGCCUCUUUUUCCUCACCCCAAACCCAAACCAGUCUCAGUGAGGGAGUAGUGUGAUUAAACCAUCCACCUAUUAUGUCAUUUACUCAAUUCAGCAAGGAUUCAUUGAGCACCUGUGAGGUACAGGGCACCAUCCUAAAUGCUGGGGACACUACCGAGAAUACGGCAAAAGUUCAGCCUUCCUGGCACUUAAAUAGUGGGAGGAACAGAUAGCAAACCAGUACAUAAAACAUAGAGCAGGGCACGUGAAGGAGAGCAGGAGCAGGCUGGGGGUAGGGAGUAUUGGGGGUGGUUGCAGGUGGGGUGGUCUCACUGGCCAGGUGACAGUGGCAUAAAGACCUAGAGGAAAUGGGGCAGGGUGAGCCAGAGUGAUGAGGAAGGGAAGGGGGUGUCAGACAGGGGAGGGUAAGCGCAUAGGCCCUGCAGUAGGAACGUGCUGUGCUGGGCGCGUUCUGGGAAGGUAGGGCAGGCCAGUGCUCUUGUCAUUGUCCUGUUGAUGUUCAGGAGGUGAGGACAUUGGCACAGAUGUCCCACCCGCGCCUGGAAAGGAUCUGCUUCUAGGCUUCACAACGUUGCUUGUCACGCUCCUGUAAGAAGCUUUACUUGGAAAGAAAAAGUCUUUCCUUAUAAUCAUGGUCCUGACUUUCUUGCAAGACUGGAGUUAGUCAUCCCUAGUUUGACAUUUUCAGAGUGGGACUUGCUACGGUCCUGAACUUGUGAUCCUCAAAAAUGGGACCAGGCUGCAAGAGAGAGAGCUCCCAAGGCUCUGUUGGCAGCGAUGGCUGUGUGUACACCUUCAGGCUAAUGGCAGGCUCUGAAAUUGCCAAGAAGCUCUGCCAAGGAGCUUGUUCAAAACAAGGAAUAGGCUGAAGAAGGAUGGGGUGGCUCCCUUUCAGGUAGUGGAGAGCUUGGCUUUUGUUAUAGGCUUCUGUCUUCUCUUUUGCAUAUCCCUUCCGCCUUUUCUGAGGUAGGCUGAAGUCAAGGCCAGACAAAGCAAGUAGGCUUUAGACCUCCAUCAAAGUGGACGUCCCUGCCCCGUGGUCUGCCUGCCCCUCCACUGGCCCUUUCGGCAGCUCCCUGGGGAGAAGGGCCUGCAGCAGGAAGACCUCAGUUAUGGCUCCUCCUUGGUUCACAUUUCCACUUCUUUGAGGACAAGAAAGGAGUUUUGCCUGGGGGAGAAAACCCACUCAAAGGGUCCUCACUUAACAAUACAGCCCUUUCCCAAGAAUGCCCCAUCCAAAGACCCCAGCUUCCCUAAUGGGUAAAACGAUCCCAGCUGUGCCUCAGGGCCCACAGCCCAAGGCUCCGGUUUCACUCAGGAAAUUGUUUUUGGAGCGGUAUGGCAUGUCGCAAAGCCACUUCUCUCUGGGAGUGAGUGGACCCCAAGCUAACUCUUUGCAAAUGUAAACCCAUGUCCAUCUGGGAACAGAUGCAGGCUCCGUCGGAGCAUGUCAACGUCAGACCCAUCACAGGGGGCAGGCACCAGGGGUGAGCUAGCAGAUCACAGCUCUACAGGAGUUGAUGAAUUUGAAGCUUAUGGGAUUUAGACAGACAUUUUCAGCUGUGUUUGGUACCCACUAAAAGAAUACAUCUAAAAAAGAAAAGGAAGGGAAGAAAGAAAGGAUUCUUGAUGUUUGUGAUAAAAAAGGAGGAAAUGAACACCCUCAGGUGUUGAACCCCAGGCCGUGCAGCAGAGGGACUUCCGUGCCCUUUGCCAACAGGCACACUGAUGAACCAUAGACCUGGUUCCCUGGAAGCCGCUGUGAAGGCAGCCCCAGCGCAAGACUAUUAGGGUGAUAUUUGUUUUCAGGAAGAAAUGUGGAUCUUUGGGGAAUGGCUUCAAAAUAAGCCGCAGACACAAGCGCUUUGUAAAUUAUGUAAAUUUCUAUUUAUCUAUAUAAUUGGCAACAACUGGGAAUUGUAACGCCUGACAGUUCGCAAUCUCUUUCAGCUGCGCUCUAGUGGCUACGCUGAGAUUACUGAGCAGCUGAAGAAGACGGUGUUUUUCAACCGCAGGGAUGGGGAGAGGCCGCCCAUCCCCUCCCCCUUCCCCUGCCAAGAUGCUAAUGCAAAGGUGGAUGCUGGGGUGUUAGCCUUGACCAAAUGCUAAAUUCUCAAUGAGUAGUAUAAGGUACGAAUGUGAAUAUCCAUCAUACGGAAAUGGAAAGGACUGAUGUGCCAGCGAGAUGGUAUACAGUUUCGAGAAGGGAUUAUUUAUUGUGAAAGUGGUCUCUACAUCAACUCCUUUCGGUGGGUGUGUGCGCAGCAGAAUCUCUGUACACAGAGAUGUUAAAUUCUGUUCUGAAUCCCAGCUCGUGUUCCUUAGGGCUUGAAUUACAUUUGUUUUAAACACCUAAGCACUGUUUGGCUCUGUGGCAGGAUGGUAUCUCAGAAACGCAUUCAUUGUGCUAACACUCAGAAAAUACUGUCAAAUGCAAAAUAAAAAAAUCUCAAAGUU